CUUGCAUAAGACGCACUGAGUCGCUGCACAGGAGCAGGGAGAGAGAGGCUUGGAUUGAGAUUCAUGCUGUGGGAAAGUAAGUAACCCUUUGGCAUCGCUUUCCAUCGUCGGCGUUGAGAUCCGAGCGGCGGCUGCGCGAGGCGGAAGGGAUGGGAGAGGAGGAGAAAAAGGCGGCAGCGGGGGUGGAGGAGAAGGGGAAGGCGGAGGCGAAGGAGGAGAAGAAGGAGCAAGAGGCCAAAGCGGAGGAAGGGAAGAAAGACGGAGGCAGUGGCAAGCAGGAGAAGGAAGCAAGCGGGGAAGAAAAGAAGGCAGAGGCGGCGGCGGCGACGGCGGCACAGCCUCCGCCGCCGGAGGAGAUCGAGAUGCGCGUGUUCAUGCACUGUGAGGGGUGCGCGAGGAAGGUGAAGCGCAGCUUGAAAGGAUUCGACGGGGUGGAAGAUGUGAAGACGGACUGCAGAACCCACAAGGUGGUGGUGAAGGGGAAGAAGGUGGCGGAGGACCCCAUGAAGGCGGUGCAGAGAGUUCAUAAGAAGACCGGGAGGAAGGUGGAGCUGCUGACGCCGCUGCCGCCGGCGAAGCCGGAGAAGAAAGAGGAGGAGAAAAAGGAAGAGGAAAAGCCAAAGGAGGAGGAGGAGGAGGAGGAGAAGGAAGAGCCUCAAGUGGUCGAAGUGGUGCUCAAAGUCCACAUGCACUGCGACGCCUGCGCACAACAGAUCAAGAAGAGAAUACUACGGAUGAAAGGGGUAGAAACGGCGGAGCCGAAUUUGAAAGGGUCCCAAGUAACCGUGAAGGGUGUCUUCGACCCGGAGAAGCUGGCGGAGUACGUCUCCAAGAGGACCCGCAAGCACGCGGUGGUAGCGAAGCAAGAACAGGCGGAGAAGAAGAAGGCGGCGGUGGCGGCGGCGGUGGCGGAAGAAAAGACCGGAGGCAAGGAGAAGAUGGACGGCGAUGCCGGCGGAGGCGAUGCCGAGAAGAAAGAGGAGAAGGACGGUGGGAGCGAAGCAGCAGGCGGAAACGAAAAGGAUAAGAAGGGAGCCGGCGAAGCUGCAGAGCCCCCCAAGGUGGUGGAACAGCAGAUGAGAAACGAGUUCUACCAGUACCAUCCGACGUAUCCCGCCGGCGGAUACGAUCCCUCGUAUCACCCUCAGAUGUUUAGCGACGAGAACCCAAAUGCUUGCGCUGUGAUGUAAAUGGAAGAAGGCAAGAAAAAAAAAACUUCUUGGUUUUUUGGUCAAAAAAGGUUUAAUAAUUACUGCAUAAUAUUAUGUUCAAUCUAUCUCGAGAAAUAAAAACUUUACCUCUCUUCUUUCUCAA